AUGAAUCUCGACUCGGCGGCAUCCAGCUCGAAUUCUGCAGCGGCUUCAGCGCGGAAGGAUCGAGGACCGAUCGCGAGUCAGGCUUGUGAUGUUUGUCGACAACGAAAGCAGAGAUGUGAUGAGAUGCGACCAAAGUGUGGUCUCUGCACACGACUGAAGAUAGAAUGCAGUUAUAGGGAGCCUGUGCCGACCAAGAAAGACAAAACCAUGGUUGAAAUCUUGGAUCGAGUGAAGAGCAUAGAAAAUAAACUCAAUCGACUUCCUCGAGGCGCGGCAGAUGCAUCAGAACCUGCGCCAACUCAGAUAUCACCCACCCAUCAACCAUCCUUUGCCGAGCCUUUCACCUCCCAGUCUGAGGCACAAACGUUGGCAACCUCGCUUUCACGCCCACGUGAAUCAAGCCCUGGUCGAAUGAAUACAAACACUAUAUAUCAUCACUUUACUGCCUCUCAUAAGGUCUUGACAUGGCCUGCCAUACAACAACUUCUACUACAAGCCGUGCCAUCAAGCCUUGGCGAUGUGAAAUUUAUGGAAAAGGGGUCGGUGUUCAUAGUGCGAAUGCAGGGUAAAAGACUACCCUUAUCAUUAAAUGUAGACCUGCAAGACAAACCUUUUGUAGGCAUGCAAUCACUCGCAAAUAGGGUUGCUGGAGGCUUGCGAAUAACGUUUUCGGGUUUGUCCCGGGAAGCUAUGCUUCAAUUGGCAACGUCUUAUUUCGAUAGUUUCAAUUUCCUGUACCCCUUCAUGGAUAGGCAAAUUUUCGUUUCUGACACACUUACCAAAGUUCAAUCGGAAGGCUUUGAUGGAGAUGUGGAAUCUGUCAUUGCAUUACUAGUCUUCGCCCUCGGGGAAGUGGCACUUGAAGGGACCCGCGGCGAUCCUGUCAAUGUUUACCAAGGCCGGCCUAGUGGCGUCAGGGGCGGAUCAGGGUCAUCUACACCACCAGGACUGGCUUUUUUUAAUGAAGCGAUGAAACGAAUUGGCUGUGUCUUAACUGAAUGCAGUCUUGAGAACGUUCAGAUGUUUACUCUGACUGCACUAUACUAUCAAUCCUGCUCCCGCCAUAUGGAAUUCUGGAGGGCGAUGAUGUCUGCUUCAUCCGCAUGUAAUAUACUCAUCACAUCGGGCAGCAUUGACUGGAAGUCUACAAGAGGCGAUCUUAUCAAACGUGCGUAUUGGCAUUGUGCCACCAUGGAGACAACCCUACACCUCGACAUGGAUUUACCACUCACUUCGAUGAUGAAUCUUGAGACGCGAGUUGAAUUGCCGCUUUUCCGAAACCAGUUUUGUGAGGCCGAUUUCGAGGGGGACCAACAAUCUCAUUGGCAAGCACAUAAUUCUUCGGUACUGGCAUUACGACGAAUAUGCGUGCAGGUACAAAAUUCAAUUAUUGAGAGUAAGCAGACAGUGUCCAAUAUGGACUUUAGCUCCCCGACUACGGAUGGCUUCGAUUUCUUAUCCGCAAGUGGGAUACGACAACUUGCAUCCCAGCUAACUCAAUGGCGCGGCCUCCUUCCCAACGCAAUUCAAUGGGCCGAAGAUGAACCCAUGAGUUUUCCGAGCCUACAAACGCCUGAACAGCAAUCCGAGGAUAUCGAUCCCAUUCUUACGUCUCCUUCAUUCUCGCAGGAUCCCCGUACUACUCUCUUCUCUACUAAUCUGGACGAGGAACCCGUUAGGUAUCCUUAUGUAUAUGAUAUACAGGUGGCAGUGUUGAGAACUAGAUAUUAUUAUGCCAAAUACACGGCUUACCGACCUUUUAUAUUUAAGGUCUUGCAUUUUCCGGAGUUGGUCACAUCGGACGAUGCCCUCAAUGUUGCGGAAUGUCUCCGCUCCUGCCUCCUCUGGCCCCUCCUUCUCUCUCCCCCGUCCCGCUACAAACGCUUAAUUCCGUACCUCUUUACCUGGUCCCAAAUCUUCCUUAGUAUCCUACUCAUCGUGCAUCUUUCGAAACAUAACAUGAUGCUGAAGAAUAUCUGCGACAACAUGUGUGGGGAGCGGUAUCAUAGGGAUAUCGACGAGACAGUGAAACUGAUGCUGGACUGGAUUCGAGAUUUGAAAGAGGCUGAUGAUCCGAUUGCGCUUUGGUGUUGGAACAUGUUGAGGGGUAUCUAUUGGUGGUAG